AUGGAAGAAGAAGAAGAUACACGUACAAGUAUUAGCAGCAGCGAGGACGAGGACGAGGACGAUGUAUUCGGUAGACCAUCAGCGCUGCACUACUUAAAACAGCCGGGGGUUAUGCUGACGUCCCUGGGGCAAGGCGACGGAGGCGCGAGUCUUGAGGCUCACCAGUACGCGAGUCCCGGCGCCCCGAAUAUGUCGAGCGUGUUACCGGACAUUGUCCAGCAGAACGGCAAGUCCUCAAAGGGUGGUGCUAACAGUGAUCUGCGGUUGUUCAAGUGCUUAACGUGCGGAAAAGACUUUAAACAGAAAUCGACGUUGCUGCAACAUGAGAGGAUUCAUACGGACAAUGUGAGUCCGCAUCUGAUCUUCAAGAAUGGUAUGACUCCAACACUGUGGCCUCAGGACGUACCAUUCCCUCCAGAGGAAGGCAAAGAGGAGGUCGCCUCGACUUUCGGGGACACGGACACCCAGUCGGGGGCAUUCAGUCCAUCACCAGACGGUAAUUCCAUCCAGUACCCAGCCUACUUCAAGGACCCAAAGGGUGGGAACCACGCAGUCUUCGGAGCCGGAGGACCUGGGAGCUUCGGGGCCCUCCAGUACAUUAAGCAGCAGGGCGGCGGGGGAGGAGGAGGAGGAGGAGGAAACAGCGGUCCCAACGGGAGCAAAUCCUGCUUACCAGACGUUAUUCAGCACGGGAGAUCAGCGGGUAUGCCUCUCUACGUUAGGUGUCCAAUUUGUCAGAAGGAGUUCAAACAGAAGAGUACCCUUUUGCAGCACGGCUGCAUCCACAUAGAGUCAAGGCCGUAUCCAUGUCCAGAGUGCGGCAAGAGAUUUCGUCAGCAGUCCCACUUGACGCAGCAUCUUCGCAUUCACACCAACGAAAAGCCAUACGGAUGUGUCUACUGCGGGCGGAACUUCCGCCAGAGGACCAUUCUCAAUCAGCACUUGCGCAUUCACACGGGGGAAAAACCCUACAAGUGCCAGCAGUGCGGCAAGGAUUUUCGUCAAAAGGCCAUCUUGGAUCAGCACACACGCACACAUCAGGGGGACCGGCCCUUCUGCUGUCCCAUGCCCAACUGUCGGAGGCGCUUCGCGACAGAGCCAGAAGUAAAGAAGCACAUCGACAAUCACAUGAAUCCUCACGCGAGUAAAGUAAGGAGGAAUUCCAGCAGCGACGGCAAACCUUCCGGCACUCCAACCGCCCUUGGACCAGUACCAGUGCCACGGGGGCUCACACCUACAGUUGUUAAGCCUGAGCUGUACUUUCCCCAGUGCUACGCACCCGCAUUCAAUCAUCAACCACCAGUAUCAUCGUCGCAGUUCCCUGGUCAGACCAACGGAGUCGCCGUUACUGGAGAAUUCAAACCACCGUCGGCACUUCCACCACAGUGA